AUGUUUACAUUUCCCUGCUUCCGAGAUAAAAAGUGGAUGAAGGAAAAUGGCAAUAAUAUGAAGUACCCGGAUGCGUUUUUCAAUGUGAAUUUCCGCCCACAGUUUUUAGGAAAUUACGAACACACAGUCAACUUCGAGGAAAGGGCGAAUCAGGUCAUUCGCCAGAUUAAAUCCGCGCUAUUUCGGCAGGCCAUUUAUAAGAUACAAAACGUUGAAGUGGUGGCUAUGCACGAGUGCAAGGAGGACAGGGUCCUGGAAAGCAUAAAGAAAAUUGAGGGUUACGAAAAGUUCAAGUUGAAAAAUAGUAAAGUUCUCAGCGACGAAUUAUGGACCAUAAAAAGAUGCGAUAAGAAAAUGUCCUACUGGGUGCGCUACUAUGAACAAGACCAAAAUGGCUACUCCCUGUCAAUAAUACCAACCCAGGUGAAAAACAUUUUGGGCUUUCUUAAGUAUUAUUAUUUUUAG